GAGAGACAGAGAGAGAGAGAGAGAGAGAGAGAGAGAGAGAGAGGAAUUGCUGCAUUUGAACGUUAGCUGAGCCAGGGAGGGAGAGACAACCAACCAACCAACCAACCAACCUAGAGAGAGAGAGAGAGAGAGAGAGAGAGAGAGAGAGAGAGAGAGAGACGUAGAACAAGAUAGAAACCCAACAAAAAAGGAAAGGUUUUUUUUUUUUUUUGAUCAUAACAAAAAAGGAAAGGUUAAGAGCAAUAGCAUAGCAUAUAUAUACGUGAGAGAGAGGAAUAAAUUAAAAGGGAGAGAAAUAGUAAGGAGGAGAAAUGGUAGGGGAAAUUCAGAAGAGGGUGGUUCUUGAAGAUAUAGCAAUAAUAGGAGGAUUGAUAUUGGUGCAAUUUGUGUAUGCAGGGAACUCAGUUUUGCUGAGCUAUCUCAUGUCUUUGCGCCUUAAUCCUCUCACUAUCGUCAUCUUCACUGCCCUUUCCACCUUCCUUGUUCUCUCUCCUCUCUCCUUCUGUUUUGAAAGGAGUAAAUGGCCGAAGAAAUUGAGUCUCAAAUUGUUGGUUCAGCUGGUUUUAAUUGCUAUUGGAGGAGUGACACUAUUCCAAUCUUUGUAUUUGAAGGGGAUUAAGCUAACCUCACCAGCCAUGGCCACUGCUAUGCCAAAUCUUGCUCCGGGACUCAUCUUUGUCAUCGCCGCAGUUUUUAGGUUAGAGAAAGUGAAACUGAGUUGCAUGUACAGCCGAGUUAAGAUUGUAGGGACAUUGAUGUGUGUCACUGGAGCUGUUACCAUGAGCAUCAUGCAGAGCACCAUGCACGACGACCCGACGGCCGAAGAUAGCCAAUUACAACUGUCUCUGCCCGAGACUGGUAACUUGUUCAACAUACAGAAGAUCAUUGGUUGCUUGUAUCUCAUGGCUGCGGUCUUAGCUUUAUCAAGCAACAUAGUCUUACAGGCUGUAACUUUAAGUGAUUUUCCGGCGCCAAUUUCCUUGUGUGCUAUAACAUCACUAAUAGGAGUGGUAAUAACUUCGAUGGUAGAGUUGAUUCAAGACCACCAUUUCGAUAUUGGAUGGCCGAUAGUCAGUGUUCGAGACAUCAUUGGCUUUUCGCUAUUGGGAGGAAUAGUUAGUGGGGGGUGUUUUAGCUUCAAUGGAUGGGCAAUGAAAAAGAGAGGACCUGUGCUUGUGGCUAUGUUUAGUCCUGUUGCAACUGUCGUCUCUGUCAUCCUAUCUUUCCUCACCACAGGAGAGUACAUCACUCUUGGAAGUGUUUUCGGUAUGGUCCUCAUGUUCACCGGCCUCUACUUCUUUCUCUGGGCUAAGCGGAAAGAAGAUUUCACCGUCAGAGUCAGAGAUGGAGAUAAAGAUGGGGAUGGCUCGGAAAGUGAGUGCGACAUGGAAAAGCAUCUCUUGUCCUAAUUUUUCUUGGAAUUAAUUUGAUUAGUAAGCUUGGUAAAUACAUGUUUCAUCGCCAAAUUCAUGCCUACUAAAGGCCAAAUAGGUGCGGUUGAACUUUCAAAUGGUAGUAACAACAGUAGUUCAUACUGUUCAUUUGUUAUAUCAAAUUGAUUUCUCAAUGGUAUAAAUUCGAACAGAGGCAUUAAACACUGUAAA